AUGGCAAAAAUUAGCACUAGUGAGGAGCAGCUACUUCAACAAAUCGAGAAACUUCAACUUGUUGCGAGACUUCUCACAUUUAGAGCAUGCCGUUCGGAGGAGGUGAACAAAAAAUCCGACCUGGCAGUCAAAAAAAUGCAGCAGAACAAGGUUGUUCUCAAGCAGCAGUCCCAGGAAGUUGUUGAGGAUCUUGAACAAGUCAUCUUUGCUAUCCUCACUUCGCUAAAAUCUUUCCAGGCCGAAGCUCGUGCGACUUUAUUUGCGUUGCAGACGCAACUCCAAAAUUCGGAACGAACUCUUCUUGAAGCGAAUGAGACUAUCAAGACGCUGACGGCCAAAGUUGAUGGUUUGGAGGCAAAUUUGGCUGAAAAUCGCAAAAUUUUUGAAAUCAGCCUGCAAGCCAUUCAUAUAACCUAUGUCAACUGCAUGGAAAAAGUUUUCGAACGUCUUCAGGGCUUAAUUCUGACGGACUUAGCCGCUCUAGAACCUGUAAACGACGAAAUCCAUGAAACCUAUACGGCCAAGUUUAAGAAGCUCCGGCUGCCCUGUUCUUUCGAUUAUAUCUGA